AUGUCCUGUACAGAUGGGAUCUGGCUCUGCACGUUCGGGGAAUGGGUGGGGGUGAUUCCGCUCUGGGGCCUUGAUACGGACUGGUCGGUUACAAUUGGGAGAGUAGCUGCUCAAGUCAGUGCCCACAUCCUUCAACCCACGGAAAUACCUGAGGGUUUGUUGGGUGCGCGUAUAUACCCCUUCUCGUCGUCGAAAGCCCUGGCCACAAGCUUCAACACACGGAUUGAAAAAGCCCUCACGGCUAUUGACACCAACAAAGAACUCAAAUGCCCCGAACUAGCAGACACUCUGAAGGGCGCGAGAUGGAUUCACCAGUCCAUCGACCCAUUUUUGAACGUAAAGAGCGUCAUCCAAGAGGGUCUCAAGUUUCUGGCCAACCAUAUAACGGAUGGUAUGACCCGACAACAAAUAUUAGAUUUACAACCCAAGCUCUGGUCCUUCUAUGAGAUGCAGAACUUGAUGCCCGACCUUAUGGAUAUCAUCAGGAAGUGCGAGGACAAUUCUGCCUUGAUUGGCAAAGUCAUUGAUUUGGUAUCGAGUGCUGCAGCUCAUUCGCAAUCCGACAAUCUCUUCAAGGCACAUAAGUUGAUCCCGGAGUUGAUCCCAUAUAAUCUGAGGGUCCCACUUGACCUACAGGCCUACAAACUGGCCUGUGCCAGGGUAAACCGGGGCUAUAAACACCCUGCAUACGCCGCUCUUUUAAUCCUGCGUGUCAAGUUCGCCGAGCUUGCCGACCUCAAUGCGCGUGAAAUUCUCGUGCAAUGUGAAUCACUCAAAGCCGAUACCAAAAAUGGAGACACACUGGAUUGGCCAGCUUGCUUGUAUGACCCUGACAUCCCAUUUGACAUAGACGACGAGAUCCAAGGUCUGUUUCGACCACUCUUGGGUCCCCAAUUUGUCCAACGUAUGCUUGUAGGCGAGGCCAACAGGCUUGGAGGACGUGCCAGCAAAGGACAGAUUCACAAACUUGUCAUUGCAAUCAGCGGUAAGACUUGGCCUGAGGUGAAGAGCAUUUUGAAGGCCAACCGCCUCUACGCAUCUAUACUGAUGCUUCUGUUGGGUCUUUCUGAUGACGAUACGUGGGCCAAGGAGACUGUGGCUUGGAACAUUAUCUUGCCAUCCGAGCCCGUGGAUUAUGACAAGAAGUCGCCCCCUUUGGAAGGUAGUGCACGCAACGGAUGCCUCAGAGACCCGGUAGAACAGCGUAAAGCUCAAAUGGCCGCUGCGGCUCAAGCACCUGCACCUGCACCCCCUUGUGCACCUGCACCCGCACUCCCUCGUGCACCUGCACCUGCACCCCCUCGUACACUCACACCCGCACUCCCUUGUGCACCUGCACCUGCACCCCCUCGUACACCCACACCCGAACCUGCUCAUAAUGUGUCUGCACCAGUGCUUGCUAAAGCAUUUGCAGCUGUUUUACUGGCGGAACCUGAUCUCUUCAGAAUUCCCCCUGACCUCCCUUCCAAGGAUUCUUCCUCUUUUUCUUCCAAAAACGAACGCUCCCCUUUCCUACCAGCCCCGAUCAAGAUCAAACUCCAUGCAAAGAGGAAAGUGGCGCCAUGCCGCCCUGGUCCAAAGCCUACAGGCACCACCUUCAGACCCCUUCGAGACCGGGAUGAGGCCCUGCCUACUCCCAAUUCUGACGCCACUGCCGCCAACGGUAAAGAACCACCAGCUAAAAAGGCCAAGAAAGGUGCCCAGCCCAAGGAAACGCGCCAACCUGUCAGGGCAACACUAUAA